AUGGAAAAGACUGAUAUAGAAUAUUUGAAUAUUCCCAAAAAAACUAAAAAGAAGUUAUAUGCUAAGAAUUUAAAUACAAUUGAAAAGUUAAGUACAAAUUACUUAGAAAAUGCCUCUGAGAUCAAUUUAAUACAAGAAGAAAUAUUUAAAUAUCACUUAAGUGAAUUAGGUAUAAAAGAAGAAAAUGAAGAGGAAACACAUGUAAUCGUCAAUUCUUUAAUACUUUCUAGUAAUGUUUAUUCAUUUAGUGAUGAAGAAAAUUAUAAUAUCAAUAACAGUACUUCUGAUUAUUCAAAAGAAGGUUAUUUUUCUUCUUCAUCACAUUUCUUAUCUUCUGAAUCAAGCAUUGACUAUGAUUUGAUAAACAAAAGAAAAAAUAAUUUAACUAAAAGCACUUCCUAUAAUAACAUAGGUUUAAUAAUUAAAAGUAAAAAGAAUAUUAACAAAAAUGAAAAUAUUUACAAAGAUGAAUUAGGAAGAACUUUUUUAUUGUAUUCAAAUUUUAUGAAAAAUAAUUUAAAAAAUCAUAAAAUGUAUAAAACAGAAAACGCUUCAUUAAAUAACUUAUUAAGAGGAGGUAUAGAAAGUUCUAAAGUAUAUUUUUUUUACGGGAAUAAAUUAAAAAUAAAUCAAAUUGUUAUAGUGAAUUUAUUAUAUGAUAUCAUUAUUAAUAGUAAUAACAAUUCUAGUGUUGUAUAUAUAUAUUUUAGCUAUAUUAAUGAUAUAACAAUUAUUCAUAAUAUUAUAAUGGAAAAAAUAAAAAAUCAAAAGAAAGAUAUCUUAUUAAGUGAUAUUCUUCGUAACUUUUACGUAUUUCGGGUUCAAAAUUUAAACGAACUUAUUUCCUUUUUAUUACAUAUUAAAAAUGUUUUUUUAAAGAACAAAGAUUCUAAAAAUAAUUUCAAAAAUGAAUUUAAUAAUUUAAUUUCAAUAGGAAUAUUUAAUUUUACCGAUUUAAUAAAAAAUUUAAACAUUAUUAAUCCCUGUUCUUACUUUUAUUUAGUUCGUGAACUAAAAAUCCUUUCAAUUAUUUUAAAUAUAUCUAUAUUAAUUUUUGAUAACGCGAAAAAUGAAUCAUUUGAUAUCACUACUAACAAAAUAAAUUAUAAAGAACAAAAGAUAGAAGAACAUAAAAAAUUAGAAAAAGAAUUCAAAGAAACAAACAUGAAUACAAAAAAAAAUGUAUCUACAGCUUUUAGUAAUAAAAUUGAAUAUAGCAAUACUAAUGAAGAAAACUUAUUUAGUUUUAAUGAAGAUAAAGAAAAUGAUUUAAGAAAAAAAAAAAAUAAAAUAAACAAUAAUAAAUAUGAAAUGAAAAGUUGUAAUAAUAUAGAAAACAGUACCAGUAGUGAAGUCCUGAGUGAAAAUGAUUCAUAUGAAGAAAGUCAAUAUAAGCAUUAUAGUGAAAAUACAUAUAAUUCUGAGAAUAUAUGUAUUAAUAAUAUAAUAAAUAGAAAUGCUAAUAAUGACUACAAAAUAAUAAAUAAUGAAAAAGAUACAUUAUGCAAUAUAAAGGAAAAUAUCAAAAAGCCGCUUAUCCCAUAUUCCAUUUAUAAUUCUUUUGAUUAUAUUAUAGAAAUAGAAUUAAUUAAUAAAAUUAAAAAUAAAAAAGUUGUAAGAUUUACAUUGCUUAGAUCUCAAAAUAACAUAAAAUAUUUUUACUCCCAUUCUUAUAUAAGAAAUUACUUGCUAUUUGACUUUAUGUAG